UUUCAAGGUGGUACGGGCUUCCGGCACAGACUGGAUGCUAUUGUUUAAUUUAGGCUAACGUUAUUUUGUUGUAACAUGACUCCCGAGAAUAUUUCUUGAAAUUUUGAAGACGAAUCUUUAAAAUAUAAUCGGGAAAUUUUGUUUUGAAGAUGGCGAUUCCAAUGGAAACGCAGCUUCAGAGCAUAUUCGAAGAUGUUGUGAAAACGGAGGUUAUCGAAGAAGCCUUUGCUGGCAUGUGUAUGGACACACCAGAGGAUGAACGAACCAAACUUGUCAGUUGUCUUGGUGCAUUUCGUCAGUACUGGAGCACUCUACCACAGGAUUCCCAUGAUCAGUGUGUGCAGUGGAUUGCCAGAUUCAUCCAUGGACAGCACAGUCCCAAAAGAAUAUCCUUCCUGUACGACUGUCUAGCAAUGGCUGUAGAGACCAACCUGCUGCCUCCCAGGAUGGUGUGCGAGGCCCUGAUCAGUUCGGACAGCGUGGAGUGGGAGAGGACGCAGCUGUGGGCCCUCACCUUCCAGCUCAUCCGCAAAAUCAUCGGCGGGGUGGACUACAAGGGCGUCAGGGAUCUUCUGAAGGCCGUCCUGGAGAAGAUACAGAACAUCCCCAACACCGUGAGCUCGGCGGUGGUCCAGCAGCUUCUGGCGGCCCGAGAGGUGGUGGAGUACAUACUGGACCGGAACGCCUGUCUGCUGCCUGCCUAUUUCGCCAUAACUGAGAUCAGGAAGCUGUACCCGGAGGGGAAGCUGGCACACUGGCUGCUGGGCAGUCUGAUAUCGGAUUUUGUGGACAGCUUCAGACCCACGGCGAGAAUAAACUCGAUUUGCGGAAGGUGCAGCCUGCUGCCCGUGGUCAACAACUCUGGAGCCAUUUGUAACUCCUGGAAACUGGACCCCACCACCCUGCGGUUCCCCCUGCGAGGGCUGCUGCCCUAUGACAAGGACCUGUUCGAACCGCAGACGGGGCUGCUGAGAUACGUGCUGGAGCAGCCCUACUCGCGAGACAUGGUCUGCAACAUGCUAGGGCUCAACAAGCAGACCUUGAACAUUGCUCAGCACAAGCAGCGCUGCCCGGUUCUGGAGGACCAGCUGGUGGACCUGGUGGUGUACGCCAUGGAGCGCUCGGAGACGGAGGAGCAGUUCGACGACGGCGGGACCAGCCAGCUGCUCUGGCAGCACCUCUCCAGCCAGCUCAUCUUCUUCGUGCUCUUCCAGUUCGCCAGCUUCCCGCACAUGGUCCUGUCGCUCCACCAGAAGCUGGCUGGCCGGGGUCUUAUCAAGGGCAGGGAUCAUCUGAUGUGGGUCCUGCUGCAGUUCAUCUCCGGAAGCAUCCAGAAGAACGCCCUGGCCGACUUCCUCCCCGUCAUGAAGCUCUUCGACUUGCUUUACCCAGAAAAAGAGUGCAUCCCCGUGCCGGACAUCAACAAGCCCCAGUCCACCCACGCCUUCGCCAUGACCUGCAUCUGGAUCCACCUCAACAGGAAGGCCCAGAACGACAACUCCAAGCUGCAGAUCCCCAUCCCCCACUCCCUGAAGCUGCACCACGAGUUCCUGCAGCAGAGCCUGCGGAACAAAAGCCUGCCCAUGACGGACUACAAGAUCGCCCUGCUGUGCAACGCCUACUCCACCAACUCGGAGUGCUUCACGCUGCCCAUGGGCGUGCUGGUGGAGACCAUCUACGGCAAUGGCAGCAUGCGCAUCACCCUGCCCGGCACCAACUGCAUGGCGUCGGGCUCCGUCACGCCGCUGCCCAUGAACCUGCUGGACUCGCUCACCGUGCACGCCAAGAUGAGUCUGAUCCACAGCAUAGCCACGCGGGUGAUCAAGCUGGCCCACGCCAAGUCCAGCCUGGCCCUGGCCCCGGCCCUGGUGGAGACCUACAGCCGCCUGCUGGUCUACAUGGAGAUCGAGUCUCUGGGCAUCAAGGGCUUCAUCAGCCAGCUGCUGCCCAACGUGUUCAAGUCGCACGCCUGGGGCAUCCUGCACACCCUGCUGGAGAUGUUCAGCUACCGCAUGCACCACAUCCAGCCGCACUACCGCGUGCAGCUGCUCAGCCACCUGCACUCGCUGGCCGCCGUGCCCCAGACCAACCAGAACCAGCUGCACCUGUGCGUGGAGAGCACAGCCCUGAGGUUGAUCACUGCCCUGGGGAGUUCAGAGGUUCAGCCCCAGUUCACGCGGUUCCUGAGCGACCCAAAGACGGUGCUGUCCGCCGAAUCUGAGGAGCUGAACCGAGCCCUCAUCCUCACGCUGGCCCGAGCCACGCACGUGACAGAUUUCUUCACAGGGUCGGAUUCCAUCCAGGGCACGUGGUGUAAGGACAUCCUGCAGACCAUCAUGAGCUUCACCCCCCACAACUGGGCGUCCCACACCCUCUGCUGCUUCCCCGCCCCCCUGCAGGCUUUCUUCAAGCAGAACAACGUGCCCCAGGAGAGCCGCUUCAACCUGAAGAAGAACGUGGAGGAGGAGUACAGGAAGUGGAAGUCCAUGACCAACGAGAAUGACAUCAUCACACACUUCUCCAUGCAGGGCUCCCCGCCCCUCUUCCUCUGCCUGCUGUGGAAGAUGCUGCUGGAGACCGACCACAUUAACCAGAUCGGCUUCAGGGUGCUGGAGCGGAUCGGGGCGCGGGCGCUGGUGGCCCACGUCAGGACGUUCGCCGACUUCCUGGUGUACGAGUUCUCCACCUCGGCCGGGGGCCAGCAGCUCAACAAGUGCAUCGAGAUCCUCAACGACAUGGUGUGGAAGUACAACAUCGUCACGCUCGACCGGCUCAUCCUGUGUCUGGCCAUGAGGAGCCACGAGGGGAACGAGGCGCAGGUGUGCUACUUCAUCAUCCAGCUGCUGCUGCUCAAGCCCAACGACUUCCGCAACCGCGUCAGCGACUUCGUCAAGGAGAACGCCCCCGAGCACUGGCUGCAGAGCGACUGGCACACCAAGCACAUGACCUACCACAAGAAAUACCCGGAGAAGCUGUACUUCGAGGGCCUGGCGGAGCAGGUGAACCCGCCCCUGCAGCUGCAGUCGCAGUACCUGCCCAUCUACUUCGGCAACGUCUGCCUGCGCUUCCUGCCCGUCUUCGACAUCGUCAUCCACCGCUUCCUGGAGCUGCUGCCCGUCUCCAAGUCCCUGGAGACGCUGCUCGACCACCUGGGCGGCCUCUACAAAUUCCAUGAUCGGCCGGUGACCUACCUGUACAACACGCUGCACUACUACGAGAUGCAGCUGCGCGAGCGCACCAACCUGAAGCGCAAGCUGGUCCACGCCAUCAUGAGCUCGCUGAAGGACAACCGCACGCCGGGCUGGUGCCUGAGCGAGACCUACCUCAAGUGCGGCAUGAACCCGCGCGAGGACAACGCCUGGGUGCCCGACGACACGUACUACUGCAAGCUCAUCGGCCGCCUCGUCGACACAAUGGCAGGCAAGUCCCCCGGCCCGUUCCCCAACUGCGACUGGAGGUUCAACGAGUUCCCCAACCCUGCGGCCCACGCCCUGCACGUCACCUGCGUGGAGCUGAUGGCCCUGGCCGUCCCGGGCAAGGAGGUGGGGAACGCCCUCCUCAGCGUGGUGCUCAAAAGCCAGCCCCUGGUGCCCAGAGAGAACAUCACGGCCUGGAUGAACGCCAUUGGACUCGUGAUCACCGCCCUGCCCGAGCCGUACUGGGUGGUCCUGCACGACCGCAUCGUGAGCGUCAUCAACAGCCCCGCCCUGACCACGGAGACGGAGUGGGUGGGGUACCUCUUCCAGCUCUUCGACUUCACCGCCUGCCACCAGUCCUACUCGGAGAUGUACUGCAGCUACGUCCUGGCGCUCGCCCACGCCGUCUGGCACCACUCCAGCAUCGGGCAGCUGUCCCUCAUCCCCAAGUUCCUGUCGGAGGUGCUGAAGCCCAUCGUUAAGACGGAGUUCCAGCUCCUGUACGUGUACCACCUGGUGGGGCCCUUCCUGCAGCGCUUCCAGCAGGAGCGGACCCGCUGCAUGCUGGAGAUCGGAGUGGCUUUCUACGAGAUGCUCCAGACCGUGGACCAGCACAGUCAGCACCUGGCCUACAUGGACCCCAUCUGCGACUUCCUGUACCACGUAAAGUACAUGUUCACGGGAGACAGCGUCAAGGACCAGGUGGAGAAGAUCAUCUGCACCCUGCGGCCGGCCGUGAAGCUACGGCUACGCUUCAUCACGCACAGCAGCAAGAUGGAGCCCGCCGCAGCCGCCGCCGCCGCCGCUGCGGCCGCCACCGCGCCCCAGCCCCCCAACGUGUCCUCCCCCGCCCCCCAGUCCGGCACGGGGCCCGUCAGCGUCCCCCUGUCCGCGGCUCAGUAGCGCCCACCAAUCACGGUCACCGCCGCCACACCCCAACCACUCUGAGGGCCAAUAGCCAAUCGGUCGUCAGCUAAGGGGACGGUCACACGUCCCCCCCUCCGUCUGCGGCCCGGUCAGGCGUCAGUCCUAGAGGUCGGUCACACUGUCCGUCUCCCAUUUGCAUCCACCAAUCACGUGUCAGCCCAGGGGACUGUUGCGCCUGCCCCCCCCCCCACCUUCCCCCCUCCCGUCUGAAAACAACAGUAACGCUGAAGAACCACCCGCAUGGCGGCUUCACCCUCGUCUGUCUGGGGCGCGGUGGCGUCGCCCUGUUUCCAGUCGGCUGAAAGGAUAUUUUCUCAGCGUGUGACAGAGAAUGUGGCCUUGGGCAGUCCUCUCCGGAGUCAUGUGAUCCGAGCCGGCCUCUGGGGGCUGUCAGAACCGCUCGGCUCCGUGACUCAGCGCCCGGGGUGCCCGCAAGGGCCUCGUUUCCAGCUUUAUUUUUUUACUUUGUAUUUGCGAACCUUUUUGACCUAAUGACUGCAUUUUACUUUGCCCUUUCUACGGCAUGUUAACCUUUUUCAGUAAAUGCACAGAAUAAAUUCAGUAUGGCUCAUGAGCCUUAACGAGCCUCAAUGUU